ACCAUCUACUCUGAAGUAAUUUACACAGUAAUCUUGGAGCGACAAGGCAUAAUAGAUCGCGCGUGACGCUUCACUGAAAACUGAACGAACAAAGAGUCGAAACGAGCAUCGUGCCAAGCUCAGUCUGGGGCCAAACAUUGCCACAAUAACAUAGUGUUCAUAGUGCUCAAAGUAAAUAACUGGUAAACUGAUCGAGUGGCUGUGUCUUGGAAUUUUCCAGUUGGAAAUAUUACGUGACAGAUAGAAUCAUAGAUUAAAAGUUUUUACUGUGUUUUAAGUAUUUACAAAGAACUUUGGUGUAAUGUUGUGAGUUGUGAUAGACGUGUAAAAUGUCCAUAAGAGGCGUACAAGACGGAUCGAGAUCUCCGAGGAUCAUCACUGAUUCAUUCUUCGAAGACGAUGUGGGUGCGGAGGCGCCCCGGGAGCUCCCCAAUGAGCUGUCAGCCCCGUACGAGGUGCCACAGUUCCCCAUAGAGCAGAUUGAGAAGAAGCUGCUCAUACAAAGGCAGUUGAAUGUCAAGGCAGCAGAAUGCGGACAGUCAGUACGUUCGUUCGGUGGCAGCGAGGCGGGUGGAGCUGGUGCCGUGUUCGACGAGAGGCUGCGGUCCGCUGAUGAUGACGAGACCGACUUCGUGCUGCCACACUUCCAGAGAGUCGCCAUCAGUGGAGAGGAUACUUCUGGAGUCCCACUAGAAGAUCUCCAGCAAGCAUCCUCGUACCUGGUGCAGGCGCUGGAGAUGCGCAAGCGUUACAUGGAGAUGUCGCAGCAGAGCUAUGCCACCAUCACGGCGCGCUUCGUGCGCAGCACUGACGCCAACGCGCCCGCCUACGUGCCCAGCGUGCAUGUGCAGAAACACAUCGCUGAUCAUAUUGUCCACCCACCAUUCAGGGCGGGCAAAGAUCCAUGGGAGUGCCCCAACCCUGAGCCGAAGGACUACGUGAUCAAGCCGGACAAGGGCGUGUUCAACCUGUACAAGAAGGGCGCCAACGGACAGGAGGAGCGGCUGCCGUACGAGUACAUCACGCUGCAGCAGUUCAUACAGGACAAGAACACCAUGUGCAACAUGAUGUCCGAUGGACCACUCAAAUCGUUCUGCUACCGUCGCCUGUCGUACCUGUCGUCCAAGUUCCAGCUGCACGUGCUCCUCAACGAGCUCCGGGAGCUCGCCUCGCAGAAGGCCGUGCCUCACCGGGACUUCUACAACAUUAGAAAAGUGGACACUCACAUCCACGCAGCAUCCUGCAUGAACCAGAAACAUCUUUUGCGCUUCAUCAAGAAGACCCUGAAGAACCAUGCUGAUGAGGACCGCAACACGUUCCACCGCUUCGACAAGUUCAACGCCAAGUACAACCCCAUCGGCGAGAGCAGACUGCGCGAGGUCUUUCUCAAGACUGACAACUACAUGAACGGGAAGUACUUCGCUAGGAUCAUCAAGGAAGUAGCAUCAGAUCUCGAAGAGUCCAAGUACCAGAACGCGGAGCUGCGUCUGUCGAUCUACGGCAAGAGUCCGGGCGAGUGGGCCAAGCUGGCCAAGUGGGCCAUUCAGUACAACGUCUACUCCGACAACGUGCGCUGGCUCAUACAGAUACCGCGACUAUACGAUAUCUUCAAGUCGAACAAGAUCAUGACGAACUUCCAAGAGUUCCUGAGCAACAUCUUCCAGCCGCUGUUCGAGGUCACCAGGGACCCCAACAGUAACUACGAACUGCACAAGUUUCUUACUCACGUAGUGGGCUUCGACAGCGUGGACGACGAGUCGAAGCCAGAGAACCCAAUGCUGGACGCUGACGCCAAGAGUCCCGAGGAGUAUGAUGACGAGGAGAACCCGCCGUACGCGUACUAUCUCUACUACAUGUACGCCAACAUGACUGUGCUCAACCACUUCAGGAACAACAACUCGUUGUUCCUGAACUACCACCGCAACCCUCUGCCGGAGUUCCUGGCUCGAGGGCUCUGCAUCACGCUCAGUACUGAUGAUCCGUUGCAGUUCCACUUCACCAAGGAGCCGCUGAUGGAGGAGUACAGUAUCGCGGCGCAGGUGUGGAAGCUCAGCUCCUGCGACAUGUGUGAGCUCGCCAGGAACUCCGUGCUCAUGUCCGGGUUCCCGCAUGAGAUGAAGCAGUACUGGCUUGGCCCCAACUACAUGAAGGAGGGAGUGGCCGGCAACGACAUCACGCGCACCAACGUACCAGACAUUCGCAUCUCCUUCCGCCAUGAGACCCUGCUCGACGAACUCACCAACAUCUUCAAGUGUCGCUUUGCCCUGCCCGAAGCACCACUGACGACGAAUGGAGCCAACGAUGGCGUGUCUCCAGCAAUCCCCAACUUCGCAGCUCCUAUAAAAGAAAUAAAAAAAUCAAGGAUGUUUAAACGACCAUCAGCCCUUAGCAGGCCCAGUGUGCAUGCCAGUACGUCCAAAGCUGCCAGAGCUACCAUCCAGGGCCCACACAAGGAGUACAAGAAAUGGACCAAGCCACGUCUUCCCAAAGAUCUGACGGGCCCCUCGACUCCCGAUGUGAAGGAGAUGGGUAGAGCGGCCACCCGCAACUGCGCACGCACACACGUGCGACCGCCCGGGGACAGCACCAACGCGGAUGAGGUGCGCUUCCAACGCGUCUCCGUCAGUGGGAUACACGUCACCGGGGUGCCGCUGGAGGACUUGAUCCGUUCAGCACAGCUGCUGCUGCAGGCCUUGACGUACCGGCAGCGGUACAUGAACCAGUCCAACCAGUACUUCUCCCCGAUGGUGGACAGCUACCUGCGCAACCAGAAGCGCCGGGAGACCUACUCCAGUAUUAAGCUUCAACUGUCUGACUAUGAUGAAACCAAUGCUAUUAACAUGGAUAGUACGCUUGCCGACCACUACAUGCAUCUGACGACGUGCUCCUCUGACGAACUGGUGCUGCCAAUGAAAGUCAGUCCUCAGGUCUCCGACGCUAGAAAAAUACUGUCAAUCGAUCCCUGGUCGGUGCCUCACCCCUCGGACACUCACUACGUCUGCCAGUGGGAGAACGGUGUGAUGGUGAUCUACCGCAACCCGCUCGACGUGGAGGCUCACACUCCACUGCCCUACCAGGCCAUAUCCUUCCAGGACUUCGCCACUGACCUGGCUAACCUACAGUCCAUGAUCUGCGACGGUCCGCUGAAAGUGGACACUCACAUCCACGCAGCAUCCUGCAUGAACCAGAAACAUUUGCUGCGCUUCAUCAAACGUACCCUCAGGACUCAGGCAGACGAGGUGGUGGCCCUGCGUGAGGGGAUGCCAGUCACACUGAGGAACGUCUUCGAGGACAUGUGUCUCGAUGCUUACGACCUGAAUGUGGAUAUCUUGGAUGUGCAUGCGGUAAAACGGCGGAAUAUUCGUGAUAUAAAUAUUAUUUUUAAAGACAUGCUUAUCUGUAUCUCAUUAACCUGUUGCCAACAGGACCGUAACACAUUUCUUCGCUUCGACAAGUUCAAUUCCAAGUACAACCCUAUCGGUGAGAGCAGACUGCGUGAGGUUUUUCUUAAGACUGAUAACUACAUGAACGGGAAGUACUUCGCUAGCAUUAUAAAGGAGGUGAUGGGGGACCUCAAAGAGAGUAGGUACACAUACGCGGAGCCCCGCAUCUCCAUCUACUGUAAGCGCUUCAAUGAGUGGAGCAAGCUCGCCUCGUGGGCACUGAAGAAUGACGUCCAUUCUCCCCAUGUACGCUGGCUCGUACAAGUGCCGAGGCUUUACGACAUCUAUCGAUACAAAAAGUUGAUAAAGAACUUCCAGGAGUUUUUGACAAACUUAUUCGAGCCGUUAUUCCUCGUCUCCGUGGAUCCCAGCUCUGAUCCAGAUCUGCAUAAAUUUCUUUCACACGUAAUAGGUUUCGACAGUGUGGACGAUGAGUCUAAGCCGGAGAACACGAUGCUACCCGCUGACAUGAAGACGCCGGACCAGUGGGACGACGAGGAGAACCCACCGUACGCGUACUAUCUCUACUAUAUGUACGCCAACAUUUCUGUGCUCAACCAGAUAAGGAAAGACCAAGGCCUGAACACGUUCACUCUUCGACCCCAUUGUGGCGAGGCAGGACCUGCCGUGCACAUGUCAGCAGCCUUCCUGCUAGCUGAGAACAUUUCUCACGGGCUAGUACUGAGAAAGGUUCCAGUUCUGCAGUACAUGUACUACCUGGCGCAGAUAUUCAUAGCCAUGUCCCCUCUUAGCAAUAACUCCCUCUUUCUGAGGUACCACCGCAACCCUCUGCCGGAGUACUUCUCUCGAGGACUGAGGGUCACGCUCAGCACUGAUGACCCGUUGCAGUUUCAUUAUACUAAGGAGCCGCUGAUGGAGGAGUAUAGUAUCGCCGCUCAGGCGUGGAAGUUAAGCUCGUGUGACAUGUGCGAGCUCGCCAGAAACUCUGUCAUCAUGUCCGGGUUCCCACACGAGAUGAAGCAGCACUGGCUGGGCGAGGAAUACUUGCAAGAAGGUCCGGAGGGCAAUGACAUCACUCACACCAACGUGCCCGACGUGCGCAUAUCGUUCCGGCACGAGACGCUCAUCGACGAGCUCGAGAACUUGUUCCGGGCACCACUGUAAUGAAGGAUAUAAGUAGACGAAUUGUUCAAUCAUUAACAAAACAGUACCUACGUUCGGUGAAAUUGAUUUUUUACGAAAAUAAAUAGUUGCGGCACUUUUAUUAUAAUAAUCAC